UAUGUUUAUUUCCAUAAAAUCGGUGUUUUGCUAAAGUUUCGCAUAAAGAGUUCCAUCCUUUCCGUACAAUUUUACAUGUAAAACGGUGAAAAAUUCCUCAAAGUUUACGCCUCAAGUGUGCACAUUAGCUCGGGCAAAAGCUUGCUUGUGUUUUAGGAAGUGAGUUUCGUUUGUGCGGUAGAAAAAUGUCGUCGGAAAUCUUGUUUGUAAUCGAGGGCACCGCAAUCAACGGGGCGUACAUGAACGACAUGAAGAGCAACUACAUCAUCCCGACGCUGGAGUACUUUUCGCAAAGUACUGUGGGGGAUGAUCGUGGGGGUGGCGGCACUGGUGGCGAUAGCUACGGGACGGACAAGAAUGGAAACCAAUACGGAAUAGUGGUGUACAAGACAGCCCAGAGCUUGCCGGGAGUUUGCUGUACCACGUUUGGGCCGUACAACAGUGCUCACAAGGUGCUGGGAGCGCUCGAUAAGCUGGAACUGAGCGGGGGCAAAAGCGAGUCAAAUGCUAACCUGGCGGAAGGGCUGGCCACGGCGCUGGUUUGCUUCGACGACUUUGACGAACUGCGGGAGAACGGGAUGAAGGUACACAAGUAUUGCAUCCUUAUCGCGGCUAGUUCGCCCUACUCGAUGUACGUGACGGAGUGCUACGCGUAUGAAAACAAAAAUGUGGAACAGCUGGUGGGGUUGUUCCUAGAGAAGAACAUCAAUUUGUCGAUCAUCUCACCGCGCAAGAUUCCGGUGUUGUUCAAGCUGUUCGAGAAAUCCGGCGGUGAUUUGGGCUCCUGCAGCACCAAGAACUACUGCAAAGAUCCACGUCAUCUGGUGCUGCUGAAGGGAUUCAGCUUGAAGGAACGUCCGGUAAGCCCUCCGGCAAACCAAAUUAGCCAUAAUCAGGCCGGCAGUAUGCCGAGUCCAAAUCCGAACCAGCAGCAAAAUCAGCAACAACAACAGCAGCAACAACAACAGCAACAGCAGCAAGCAAUUGGCAAUCAGAACGUAAUGGACACUGUCGGCGGAAACAUGAAUAUGAACAAUAUGGGAAACAAUCCGAACAUGCGGGGUCCGAUGGUAAAUCAACAGGUUGGCUUGCAACAGCAGUUGCAACAACAACAGCAGCAGCAACAACAACCAUGCAGGAUGAACUUCCCCCAGAACAACAUGGGCAACCAAAUGUUCCCAAAUCAGAUGCCGAAUCAACCGGGAGUGGGUGGAAUGAACUACCAGCAGCAGUUGCAACAGCAGCAACAACAACAACAGCAGCAGCAGCAACAGCAGAUGCGCUGGAUGGCCCCACCUCAAGGGCGCAAUUUUAUGGUUGGUGGAAUGAACGGCAACCAGGGCCGUCCACAGCAACAGCAGCAGCAACCGAAUCAGAUGAUGGGCAACAAUGCCCAAACCAAUUCGGUGCUAAUCUCGCAGCUGACGACUCCACCGCACUCGAUGAACGCCCAGCAGCAGCAACAACAACAACAAAUGGCUCAAGGCAACAAUCCGCAAAUGCGCAUGCCGUUUGUCAACAGUUGCCUCCAGCAACAGCAACAACAGCCUGGCCAACCGAUGUCACAACAGAGUUUGCUUCAACAGCAAAUGAUGGCCCAACAGCAACAGCAGCAACAGAACUUACAGGUUCAAGGAAUGCAAAACCAAAUGGGAGUCCCUGGAAACCAGAUGGGACCAAUGGGCAACCAGAUGAUGGGCGGCAAUCAACAGCAGCAGCAAAUGCAACAACAACAGCAAAUUCCCAAUCAACAGCAACAAAUGGGCAUGGUCCAACAGCAACAGCAGCAGCAGCAACAACAACAGGUGCAACAAAUGGGACAACCCGGACAACAGCAGCAACAAAUGGGACAACAACAGCAGCAGCAACAACAACAACAACAACAACAGCAACCUCGCGAACGUAUUUGGUCCGGCAUACUGGAGUGGAUCGAGAAACCGAACAAGAACGACUCGACCAAGGUGACCCGGCAGGUGCCCUGCUCCGUUUCGGCCAACAUCCGCGACGGGGAACCGGAAACACGGGCGGACAACUGGCCUCCUCGAUUGAUAAUGCAACUGAUGCCGAAGACACUUGUCGGAAGCGCCGGUGGGCAGUACAUUAAGGAGUCGAAGACCGUGGUCUUCGUACCGCAGCCAUGCGAGGCACUCGAAGCGCUCUCCAAAGUGAUGAAAUCCGGAUUCGCCGGUUGCGUGCACUUCACUACAUCGCCCAACUGUGACAUCAAGGUGCUGAUCCUUCUGUACACCGCCGAAAAGAACGCUUACCUGGGUUUCAUACCGAACAACCAGCUGGCCUUCGUCGACCGCUUGAAGAAGGUAAUCAUGCAGAACAAGAUGCAAACGUCCAAUCAGCAACAAGUUGGACAAAGUUCCGGAAUGGGAAAUCCCCAGGCUAGCAUGUUGCCUCAGCAGCAACCUCAACAACAGCAGCAGCAACAACAACAACAACAGCAACAGCAGCAACAACAACAGCAAGCCAAUCAACAACAAAUGAUGGGAGGGCCCAUGGGACCGGGUCCCGGUCAAAUGGUGCCCGGACCAGGUCAAAUGGUCCCUGGUGGAAUGCAACAAGGCCCUCGUAUGGGCGGAAUGGUCAAUCAGAUGCAACAGGACCAGUUCAACAACUACGGCAAUAUGGGCAAUCAGCAAAUGCAAGAUCCAACCAUGCAGAUGACUCAGGAACAGCAGUACAAGAUGUUGCUACAGCAACAGCAACAACAGCAGCAGCAGCAACAACAACAACAACAGCAAAGAAACAUGGGCGGUCCCAUGGGGAACAUGGGAAUGAACGUCGGCAUGCAGAACCAGCGGAUGAUGCGUCCGGUGCUGUCGAACAAUCCCGGUCUGAGACACCUGCUGCAGCAGCAACCGAAUCCGCAGUUCCGUCAGCAGAUGGCCAUGGGCAAUGCUGGCAAUCCGCUGGGCCAGAUGGGUGCCGGCCAGAGGCCCAACUUGCAACCCAACCCGAACCAGGCACCGUUCGACGACGCAAAUUUCGAUUUUAUGUAAGUCGGUGAUGGGUGAGUAUUACAUAUUGAAGGACUACUAGGUACACUACAUAUUAUUAUGUAAUUUGUCUUACAUUUAUACAUUUACGACGGGCAUGCCCUUAUGAUAGUAGCUAUGAUAUAAAGUUUAUCACACAUAA